AUGCGGUGGCGGCGGGCAGUGGGGCUGCUGGUGGCCGCCAUGGUGCUGCUGGGGACUGCCGUUUUGCUGCGGCAUGGCGGGUGGCAAGUGGUGGGCAGUGGGGGCUCCCCGAAGGCCACGGCACUGGAGCGGGCGUGCGGCACACUGCUGGCCGGGCAGGCUCCCCACCUGAGGGGCAGGCAGCUGCAGCCAGCACCGGGGUCAGGCCCCUGCAGCGCGUAUGUGUCCCGCAGCCGCUACAUCACCCGCGCCCUCUCGGCCGAGGAGGCCGCCUUCCCCGUUGCCUACGUCAUGACCCUGCACAAGGAGUUCGAGACCUUCGAGCGGCUCUUCAGGGCGGUGUACAUGCCCCAAAACGUCUACUGCAUCCACGUGGACGCCAAGGCGCCGGGCCCCUUCUGGCAGGCGGUGCGGCGCCUGGUGGGCUGCUUCCCCAACGCCUUCCUCGCCUCCCGGGCGGAGCGGGUGGUCUACGGCGGCGUCUCCCGCCUGCGGGCCGACCUCCACUGCAUGAGAGACCUGCUGGCCUCGGCCGUGCCCUGGCGCUACCUGCUCAACACCUGCGGCCAGGACUUCCCCUUGAAGACCAACCGGGAGAUCGUCCGGCUGCUGAAGGGUCUUGGGGGGAAGAACAUCACCCCCGGGGUGCUGCCGCCACCCCACGUCACUGCACGCACCAAAUAUGUGCACAGGGAGGGUGCUGGGCACAACGCCUCAGGGCUGGUCAUCCCCCGGCUGCACAAGGCACCCCCACCCCACAACAUCACCCUCUACUUCGGCUCUGCGUACGUGGCCGUCACCCGUCCCUUCGUGGAGUUUGUGCUGCGGGACCAGCGUGCCAUUGAUCUGCUGGCCUGGUCCGAGGACACAUACAGCCCCGACGAGCACUUCUGGGUGACGCUCAACAGGAUCCCAGGUGUCCCGGGCUCCAUGCCCAACGCAUCAUGGGAAGGUGACCUGAAAGCAGUGAAGUGGAUUGAUAUGGAAGAGAGCCAUGGAGGUUGUCAUGGCCAUUACGUCAGAGGCAUUUGUGUAUAUGGAACAGGUGACCUCAAGUGGCUUUUUAACUCCACCUGUAUGUUUGCAAAUAAGUUUGAGCUCAGAACAUACCCCCUGACUGUGGAGUGCCUAGAGCUGAGACAUCGGCAGAGAACCUUGUCCCAGAGUGAGGUUCAGGUGGAACCCAACUGGUAUUUUUAG